ACUCAGUCUAUUCGAGUAUCUGCUCCGGACAACACCACAAAAAAUACCUUUUCCGGUUGUAAACUUGAACGAUAACUGAAUCGUGAAAAUAACUAUAGUUUUUGCUGAAUAGUGUGAAUAAACUGUUAGUGAUAAAUUGAAAAUGUAUUCAAACAUGGAGGAGACGAAAACGGACAUCAAAACGAAAAUAUCGUUCAGUGUGGAGUCUCUUCUUUCGUCGACGAAAUCCUCGCAAGAAGACAGAUUAGAAGAUAAGUUCGAUGACGAUAUAGAUGAUAAUAGAUUAGAUACAUCCAGUGAAAAAUUGGAUGACGAGGACGACGACGAAAAUAUCACCGUUGACGAUGACGAUACGGAUGGGAGAGAAAGUCUCAGUCCAAAUUCUUCCCACACGGUACUGAUCCCUCAACCUCUUCACCCUUCUAUGCCCAGACUGAUGCCUGGAUCGCAUCCACAGUGGCCGUUUCAGUGGAUCGGACCCGCCGGAUUCAGAUCAUCAUCACCACAAGCAAACUUACAAAAUCUGACUUCAAACGGCGGACCCCCAAUCGUGAGAUGCGCUCUGAGGAAACAUAAACCAAAUCGAAAACCAAGAACACCGUUUACUACCCAGCAAUUAUUAGCUCUCGAAAAGAAAUUCAGAGACAAACAAUAUUUGAGUAUAGCAGAACGAGCCGAGUUUUCGAGUUCUUUAAGGUUGACCGAAACACAGGUCAAAAUCUGGUUUCAAAAUCGUCGAGCAAAAGCAAAGAGGCUUCAAGAAGCAGAAUUAGAAAAACUUCGCCUUUCAGCAAGGCCCCUCCUACCCCCAAGUUUCGGCCUUUUCCAUGGAGGCAACCACCUUGUAUCUCCGUUCUUAGCAGCCAUGGCGCAUAGGCCUCCAAACUUCGCUUUUGCGGGUCCCAUGUUGAAUAUUCCUCAGUGACAAAAAAGUGAUAAGUAAUCCUUUGCAAUACGUACCUUGCUGAUAGAAGUUUCAUUUUCAUUACGAGAGUUUAUACUUCUAUCUGUACUUUAUUCAUCUAGUGAGAUAUCAGAACGCCUCUUUGUAAAUAUACCUUCCGCGAUAAUGAAGUGCAAUGUGAACUCUGGGCGUUUUUCAGAUUUUUGUAUCUAUGUAUAAGACUGACUAGCAAUUUCUUUUAUUUAAUUUCAUGUAAAUGUGUAAUUAUUUUCAUUAAUGUACAAAGUUUAUUUAAUUUCUUGU